UUCUGCAGAAGUUCUGGUGGAAUCAUUGUGCUCACUCCCCAGAAGCUUGUCUAAGAGCAUUUUUCUGCUGCAUUGUAGUUUGGCCCAGAGGCUGGGUGUAUCCCAACCAGUGCAGUAAAAUGAUGCAGGGAUGUUCCCUGCAAUAAAUGAAGGGUCUAAGGGUCAUAUUCUGCACCGUUCAUUACAUCAUAAUGUACACAUCUUUUUUUAAAAAGAAAAAAGAACUGAUUCAGUCUGGAUGAGGUUAAAAUUUUAGCUUCCCAAUGAUUCAAAUGACUUCAUUGAACUGAUGACACUGAUCUCAUGCCACAUAUUCUCGCGAGAGUUCCUGCCCUUUACCGCACACAAACACACACACACACCAUCAUCACUAUUCUCCUCUCGCCAGCCCCUCCCUUUCCGUCUCUUUUCGACUCUCCUCUUCAGUCUUGCUUGCCUGUCAGUAAGGUACCCUGGUGUUGGAGGCUAGGCUACCCUCCUCUCGGACACAGUACGACAGCCAGCCGCCGUCGUGCCCCAAGGCUCGGGCUCCCCCCCUUUUCACGGUCCAACAAUGGCAACUACCGCUACUUCAACCCGGUUUACCGACGAGUAUCAGCUGUACGAGGAGCUCGGGAAGGGAGCUUUUUCAGUGGUGCGUAGGUGUGUUAAGAAGUCAUCGGGACAAGAAUAUGCUGCAAAAAUCAUAAACACUAAGAAGCUGUCUGCGAGAGACCAUCAGAAACUCGAGAGGGAGGCCCGGAUUUGCCGUCUUCUGAAGCAUCCCAACAUUGUGAGGCUCCAUGACAGCAUUUCAGAGGAAGGCUUUCAUUACCUAGUCUUUGACCUUGUGACAGGAGGAGAGCUUUUUGAAGACAUUGUAGCCAGGGAGUACUACAGUGAGGCUGAUGCUAGGAGUCUCAGAGCACAGUGGUGCACAACCCUCCAGACGGAGUCAAGGGAUCAACGGAGAGCAACGCCACCAAUGACGAGGAGGAAAUGAAAGCGGACAGUUCGGCGCUGAGUCAGAGCAGCGCCGCAGAGGAGAUGCCUCCACUUCUGCCCUCACCUCAAAGCUCACCUGCCAUUCCACCGCAUGACGUAAAGCGCAUGGCAUGGAACAGCACAGUCAACAGCUCCUGUCCCGACUCUGACCACUCACAGUCCUCAGUUGUUGCUGCUCCACUAGGGAGCAACGCUGUCGCUGCUAAAAGCAACACUAAGCCGACUCGUAAGCAAGAGAUCAUUAAGAUAACAGAGCAGCUGAUUGAGGCGAUCAACAAUGGAGACUUUGAAGCUUACACGAGGAUUUGUGACCCCGGCCUCACCUCGUUUGAACCGGAGGCUCUUGGAAACCUGGUGGAGGGCAUGGACUUCCACAAGUUCUACUUUGAAAACUUGCUGAGCAAGAACAGCAAACCCGUGCACACCACCCUCCUUAACCCCCACGUGCACCUGAUCGGCGAGGACGCCGCCUGCAUAGCCUACAUCCGGCUCACUCAGUUCGUGGAUUCCAUGGGCCGCCCUCGUUCCAGCCAAUCAGAGGAGACCAGGGUGUGGCACCGCCGCGACGGGAAGUGGCUGAACGUGCACUUUCACUGCUCAGGAGCGCCUGCUGCACCCCUACAGUGAUCAGCGGUCCGGAGCCUCCAGUCUACGGGAGUGCGUGUUUUGGGGGCAGUUUUUUUCAGCAGGCGUGUUUAAGAGGUCCGUCCUCUGCGUGGAUUGGCUCAUGCCAGGAGCCCGGCCAGGCAAGAUCGCAUCCCUCUCUCCGUGUUACCAACCAAUCUUGUCCCUUCUAUGACCUGGCGGGGGCAGGCUGAUUCCAAGAACCUCGCCCCCCCCCAUGGGAUGAUGCAUGCAUCUGGCGCCUGAUUGGAGGGCGCACCUUUGCCCUCUGUCCCUCCCCUGGCAGCCAUCUUUUUUCUGCCCGCGCAAGAUGAGACAUCCUGGGGGAGGAGAGGAUUUACAGUGAACUUGUAACAGUUUAUGAGUAUGAGUUAUGAAUAUACUGUGUAAAUUAUGACUAGAUGUUCAAACCACCAAAACCCAACCUAGCAUUUAUUACCAUCUGAUAAGGAAAGGGAGCAGAGAAUGUGAAGUUUUUCUGGACUUGUUUAGGGAUUACCUGGUAGACAGUGUUCUGCUUUAUCUGGAUGCUAAGACGAAGGGAAAUCUUCCUCAAGUGAAUUCAAGAGGGAAAGUGAUGGAGUUAGCUCUGCCCGAGAACUCCACCGCCAGAAACUUGACAACAUGAAGCACCAAAGUGUAGAACUUUAGGCUUUUUACGUGUUUGUGUAUUUUGUUUUGCGACAGAACGGAGAGGAUGCGGUUGUGGGAUUUGGUCAUCCGGCGUUAAGGUUCCGUGUUCUUUUUUUUUAUGAUUAUUUUGUCGUGUUUUAGUGUCCUGUGAAAAACCGGAGCCUUUUGUUUCUGUGUGUGCGUGUUUUGUGUUUUUUUUGUUGUUGCUGGGACUGACUUAAAAAUUGAGGUUUUCUUUUAUGUAAAAGAAGCCAUUUUUGUUCGUUUUUUUUUUUUAAAGAAAAACAAAGAGGGAUUUUAAUUUGCAACUUUAAAGCUAGCCGGUUUGUGUCGUUUUUUUUUUUUUUUUCCUGUGCGUUUUCUAUAUGCAGCGGACAGAGAGGCCAGGAGAGGCGCCUGCAUUUCACAUGUUUGCCUGCUGCCUCUCACUCCACCCCCCCACCCCACCUCCAGCGUUUUUCUUUUUAAGCUUCAGCCUUUCUUUCUUUCUUUCUUUCCUCCCACUCUUUCUUCUGCUUUCUGCAAAGGCCUGUUUGUUAAUAUUCACUGUGUAAAUACAGUGUAUGUAUAGAUAUAUGUAGAAAGGUGUAAUAUAUGUAUCUAAGAGACACUCAUCCUGUGCAUUUGGGGGGGGUCCCACCUUUCCGUGACUCCUCCCACCGUAGUUUAGGAGCGAUGUCGUUGCUCUUAAUCAUUGAUGGAAUCCCCCCCUCUUAAGCCCCAUGGCCACACGACUGUUUCUGAAGAUGGGGAUCAAACGAGCACGAUGGAAGUAGCGAACCCCCCCCCACAUUUAAACAGCCUUCAAAGUCCUCAUCCCUCCACGCCGUGAGACGCUUCCUUCAUAUCACCCGCCGCCAUUGCGUCUCGGCUUUGUAACAUAUCCGCACCGCUGCUGUGUGACCGGCCUCGUCGUCGUGCUGCUUAAAACUGGUGACUCCUCCCCCUUUCUAUGCCCCCUCCCACCUCCGUGUUCAGUCUUGAUAUUUAUUUGUUCCUCUCUCCGUUGUUCCUCUGUUACUGAGUUGUUUUUUUUUUCUUGUCGGUGUUGUUGUUACCGUUAACUUUGCCGAUCUGCCAAGUUGGAGUUCUGCACUCUCCCUUACACACAGGGAAAAAAAACAAAAAAAAGAGGAAGUCAAACAGAAAGGAUCUAAAUUCUCUAAAUGUAAUCUACCCCGGUUGGUUUUAAACCAGAUUCUACAGAUGGAUGCGGGUCAUGUGACCUCAGCAGGAAACUUAGUUAUAUGCAUGUUUCAGUUACACAUUUCUACCAUGUACCUACAUGAUAAGGAUGGAGUUAGUGUUAAUAUAUGGUAUUUGCAUCUUUUGAAAUAUGAAAUUUCUCCAUCCAGAAUGUUUCAUAGGUGACAUGACAAUAUAAAAAAAAUAUUCAAAAUUGCAAAAAAAAAUUACAAAAAAGAUGAAUUGCAAAAAAAAAACAAAAAAAAAAAAACAAGGUUUCUGGAGCCGUAGCUUGGUAUGAGGCCCUCGACGUUUGCGUUUUCCCUGCGUUGUAAUGAUAUACUAUUUGGGCUGCGCUUUUUAUCCCCCUUCCAGCCUUUAACACGAAUGCUGGAUAUUUUAAUUUCUUUAUUUUUUUGCAUGAUCAUGAUGUACAAUGAAAUACAACCAUGAACUGAUGACUAUCAAGUGUUUGUCUGAGUGUUAGUUGGUCUUCAUCAUAGCUUUGUUAUUCUUGGAACUUGGAUCUUGAAAGUAUUUAAUAAAAAUACUAUUUCAGCACUG